CAGGUCAACCCACAUUAAAAGGGUAAUUCAAAAAUAAAUAUAACUUAAAAUGGGUUGUACAUUCUUAACGCAUGCACGAUGGUAAUUAGGGAAUUUUGUUCAAGACUAUAGCUACAUUAUCUGAACUUGGUCGUUGCUCUUCUCCUGUAGGUGACGGGGGCUCCUGAAAUAUCGGUACCAGGCCUAAGAGAUUCGAAGCAUAUUUUAAAUUCUGCAUAAUGGUCAUUUAUUACAGUUUAGUGUGCAGGUUUCAUUCUUCGGCUCUCCUCUACCGUGGCGACGGUAACUGCGCACUGUCUCGCGUCGGUAAGUUUGCCUAUGACGGUAAUUACAUGUUGUGACGUCAUUUAAGCCGCGCCCACAGCCAUGGCGCUUCCUGGUUGCUCCGUGUUUUUCCUUGGUGUCGUGUCGCUGUGCGGACUCCUCUGCUGGUGCUUUCGCUGCAGGCUAACUGGGUGGCCGUUUCCGAGCAGAAGGCUCUUCGCGAAGCUUAUGGCCCGGACGGAGAAGCCGCUCUUUCGCAUCGCGUACACGCUUUACACCAGGACCAAGCUGGGCUACAUGUUCUACAAGCGCCAGGUCCGAAAAGCGCACGAGCGCUUCCCGGCCGGUCACUCCAGCGCGCACCCCGUGGAAAUCAAUGGUAUUAAAAUAAUGCCGAUUCCCGUUCUUACGGACAACUACAGCUACUUGGUCAUUGACAGGGAAGCAAACCUUGCUGUUGUCGUGGAUCCAGCCGACCCACAAACCAUACAGGCAUGUCUUGAGAGUGAAGGGGUGACUUUAGAAGCAAUCCUGUGUACACACAAACACUGGGACCACAUUGGGGGCAACAAGGCCUUGAAAAACCUCCACAGCCCCUGCAGGGUGUAUGGAAACCCAGUGGACAACAUUCCAGGCCUGACACACCCUCUCUCGGACAAAGACUGUAUCGAGGUGGGACACCUGAGCUUUCAGGCCCUUUUUACUCCUGGACACAUCGUGGGUCACAUGAUUUACCUCCUUGAUGGCCGAGCGUUUGGCAGAACGUGCAGUCUGUUCUCGGGUGACCUGCUGUUCCUGUCAGGGUGCGGGAGAAUGUUUGAGGGCAGUGCAUCCACAAUGCUGUCAUCACUGGAUAUCGUGGGCGCUCUUGGUGAAGACACCCUUUUAUGGCCUGGUCAUGAAUAUGCAGAAGACAACCUGAUGUUUGCUGCAGAGGUGGAACCACACAACUCUGCCAGGGAAAGCAAGUUUGAGUGGGUCCAACAGCAGAGGCGUCAGAAGUUAUGUACGAGUCCAUCCACCAUCCAGGAGGAGAAGGAGUACAAUCCAUUUCUGCGGAGCCAUUCUCCAGAACUGCACCGGUCUCUGGGUCUCCAGCAGGAGCCGGACGAGGACUGGGCCCACUUCAGGGCUCGCGUCCUGGAGGAGUUACGCAGGCGCAAGGACAUCUACAAGGGGAGAUAGAUGCCUGAGUGCCCCUGGAUGCCUGGAAUCCAGGAUGAGAUACUGCUUGAAAAAAUUAAAAGGAAAAAAAGAUGGUGAAUUACAGCACUCCUCAGUCUUCACAUGCCAAAUGGUUUUUGGUGUCCUGCCAUAAAAUGAGGUGUCUGAGACUUCUGCUUUUAUUUUGAAUUUAUAGUGGACUGAGUCAGCUUGAGUUUGCGUUUAUGAAAUAACAUUUGACUUCAGAGUGAGCAAAUGACAGAUACACUAGUCGUAACAUGUUUAAAUCCUAACCAUGGAUGAUAAUCUCACUUUAUACAUAUGAGUGAUAAUUGGCUGUCUAAACUAAAGCUAUGAAUGAUUCCUUUGUAGAAAUUUUUGAACCCGCUGAGAGAUUGACUGGAGUGAUUUGUUGAACUUAGAUCUUGAGCAUUUCUAAAAACUGGCUAUCUAACCUCAAAGCAUAGAUAACUUUCUUUGCUAUGGCUGCCUGUUUUUAAAGCGAUUUUUAUCAAAUGGGUUCUUUUUACAAAAGUAGAAAUAAAUUAAUUCCGUCGAUCGCGGAAACGCACCAAGUAUUUGCCUGACAUGAAAUGGGAUUCUGUGUUGCCAUAGAAGGUACAGACUUGUAUGCUGAUGACCAGAUGCUGCAUGCAUAUUUCACCUGCUUCUCAUGAAUGAUCAGUUCUUUGUGAGCUGAUAUUUAAAGCGAACGAAAUGAUGUUGCUCACUGCACUAAUUCACUCAAUUUAGAUGCACUGGUGCAAUGAUGUACAGAUAUGUACGAGUCACGUGAGAUAUAAUGAAUCACAUAUGAUUUCAUUAACAUGUUUGACUAAGCUUGUUUUUUUUCCUCCUUGUGCAUAACAAAGUUAAGUAUGAAUAAAUCCAGGGGUGGCCAGUCUUAUCCAGAUAGGGCCAUUGUGUGUAUGUUGGCUUUCACUGCAACUGCCUAAUUGGAUUGCUAAUUAGAGGUCUGAUUGGCUGAAGAGUCCUCACACUUGGGUUUGAACAGCUGACCUAAAGGUUACCCAGAAACCUGCAUACACACUGGCCACCCCCGAAUGAAAUGGCGACCAGAGGUGGAAAGUUCAGAUCCAGAAAGAUUUUGUUUCAGCCAGCCAGUUGAAUAUAAUGAGUCAGUCACAGAGUACUCAACUGGUUGGUUAAAAUAAAAUCGGUAUUUUUACUUUCUAGACAUGAACUUUCCAUCUCUAAUGGUGACAUUCCGUUAAAUAAGUCAUUUGCAGUGACACAAGGCACAGACUGUGGUUUUAUUAUGUACAGUGUUUACAGAAGACUUAAGUAUGUUUAAAAUAUGACUUUUGAUUAACAAUAAACCGUUUGUGAGGAUG